UCCAGCGGGGGUGGAGCCGGGAGCCGGGAGCCGCGAGCCGCAGCGACGACGCUGGGCGCUCAGAGCUAUGCGUCCGGGGUCUCGGAGAGCUCGAGGGUCGCCCACGUGGGGGCUGCUGCUGCUAUUGGGACUACGGUGGCCCGUGUGGGGGACGAAGGAGUUUCAAGGAAACACCCUUGGAAAGCCAGUCGUUCUGCAUUGGAGCCUAGAUGGACGACCCCAGCGCAUGGUCACCCUGGAGGAGCCGGUCCCAAAGCUAGAAGUGAGGCUGGUGGCCUUGGAGGCUGAAGGUCAGGAGCUCCUGCUAGAGCUGGAGAAGAAUCACAGGCUGCUGGCCCCAGGAUACACAGAAACCCACUACAGCCCAGAUGGGCAGCCGGUAGUGCUGUUCCCCAACCACAAGGAUCACUGCCACUACCAUGGGCAUGUGAGGGGCUUCCCGGACUCCUGGGUGGUCCUCAGCAUCUGCUCUGGGAUGAGGGGCCUGAUCACACUCAGCAGCAAUGCCAGCUAUUAUGUGCAUCCCUGGCCAGCUGGGGACUCCAAGGACUUCUUGACCCAUAGGAUCUUCAGGGUGGAGCAGCUGUUCAGCGGGAAAGGAACCUGUGGCCACAGGGACCCAGGGGACAAAAGGGACAUGACCAGCCUUUCGUGUGCCACCCAGAUCAGGGAGAGGCGGGAGUCCCUCCGAAGCCCAAGGUACCUGGAGCUGUACAUAGUGGGGGACCACACCCUGUUUUUGACUCAGCACCGGAACUUGAACCACGCCAAACAGCGUCUUCUGGAGGUCGCCAAUUAUGUGGAUCAGAUUCUCAGGACUUUGGACAUUAAGGUGGUGCUGACCGGCCUGGAAGUGUGGACCGAGCAGGACCAGAGCCACGUCACGCCAGACGCGAACGCCACGCUGUGGGCCUUCCUGCAGUGGCGCCGGGGGCUGUGGGCGCGGCAGCCACACGACUCUGCUCAGCUGCUCACGGGCCAAGCUUUCCGGGGCGCCACAGUGGGCCUGGCACCCGUCGCGGGCAUGUGCCUCGCGGAGAGCUCUGGAGGCGUGACGACAGACCACUCGGAGUUCUCCAUUGGUGCUGCAGCCACCAUGGCCCACGAGAUAGGCCACAGCCUGGGCCUCAGCCACGACCCCCACGGCUGCUGCGUGGAGGCGGCGGUGGAGCAGGGCGGCUGCGUGAUGGCGGCGGCUACCGGGCACCCGUUCCCUCGCGUGUUUAGCGCCUGCAGCCGCCGCCAGCUGCGCGCCUUCUUCCGAAAGGGAGGGGGCGCUUGUCUCUCCAACGCGCCGGACUCCGGGCUCCUGGUGCCGCAGGCGCGCUGCGGAAACGGCUUUGUAGAAAAGGGCGAGGAGUGCGAUUGCGGCGCGGGCCAGGAGUGCCCCGACUCCUGCUGCCUUGGCCACAACUGCUCGCUGCGUGCGGGAGCCCAGUGCACCCACGGGGACUGCUGCGCACACUGCCUGCUGAAGCCGGCGGGCACGCCAUGCCGCCCGGCUGCGGGCGACUGUGACCUCCCCGAAUUCUGCACCGGAGCCUCCCCUUAUUGCCCGCCGGACAUUUACCUACUGGACGGCUCGCCCUGCGCCAGAGGCCGCGGCUACUGUCGGGACGGCGCGUGUCCCACGCUGGAGCAGCAGUGCCAGCAGCUCUGGGGGCCUGGCUCGCGCCCAGCCCCGGAGGCUUGCUUCCAGGUCGUGAACUCGGCGGGAGACGCCCAGGGGAACUGCGGCCAGCAGGGGGACGGCAACUUCGUGCCCUGUGCGCAGAGGUGGGGAGCGGAGGGAAGGGAAGCUGGGGAAGAGGGUGUGGAGAAACACUACGCGGUUUGCCUACCUCCGCUUCUCCCUAGGGAUGCGCGGUGUGGGAAACUGCAGUGCCAGGGCGGGGAACAGAGCGCACUGGUGCCGCACGCGGUUCCGGUGGACUCCACUGUACACCUGGGCAGCCGCGAGGUGACUUGCAGGGGAGCUUCCGUGCUGCCCGGUGCCCAGCUGGACCUGCCUGACUUGGGCCUGGUAGAGGCAGGCACCCAGUGUGGACCUAGAAUGGUGAGCCCUGCCCACCCAACCCCUCGCUGCCACUUGACUCCCAUGGGUCAGAGCCUCACUCCCCCUCACUGCCCAGUGCCCACACUGCCCAUAGGUGUGCCAGGAAAGGCGCUGCCAGAACACUACUUUCCGAGAGCUGGAGCUCUGCCUGAUGGCCUGCCAUGGCCACGGGGUGAGUGGCCUGAAAGGUGUGUGGGGGUUGACCCUGGGAGUCCCCAGUCUCAUGGGACCCUCUUUUUCUCUUUUCCAAUUCAGGUUUGCAAUAGCAACCAUAACUGCCAUUGUGCUCCAGGCUGGGCUCCGCCUUCCUGUGACAAGCCAGGGUUGGGUGGCAGUGUGGACAGCGGUCCUGUGCAGCCUCAAAACCGGGAUGCCUUCACACUGGCGGUGAUCCUUAGCUCUGUGAUGCCUCUGCUCCCUGGGGCUGGCCUGGCCUGGUGCUGCUGCCGGCGUCCGGGACUCUGUCUCCAGCGAUGCUUCUGGGGCUCCAGGAGGGACCUCAUGUGCAGUGGAUCCAAAGAUGGGCCAUGCAGAGGCCACCCUCUGGGCAGCAUUCACCCAAUGGAGUUGCGCCUGACAGCCCCUCAGGAGCCCCAGCCCUUGGACCUUGAGAACUCUGCUAGAACCCAACAGCCACCUUGAGAAGCCUGUUCCUCAUAGUCCUGCUUGUACCCCUAAGCAGGUAGAGUCCAAAAGCCAAGAUCCUGUCUCUGGUGAAGUGACUCCUGACAUGAGAAGACUUAAGGACAAGUGGCUACUAACUGCCACUCCAAGGAACUCAGACCCCCAGGGGGAAGAGCCAGCAACUCAGCUGACUUUUUGCACCUUCAGGCAGCUUUGAAAUUUCUUCCCUGAGUUGCUGACAUACGACCUACUCCAAGACCCUGGAACCUCAUCAGAAUUUACACGAUGCUGUCCCCAGUCCUCAGGGCUGUGGGAUCCUCUUAAGAGUACACCUUCUAGCGUAAGCAAGAAUCCAUCCGACCCAGGAGUGAAGGCCAUGUAGUCACUGACCUCCUGUCACUAGGGAGUGCUGGGUCAGGCUGGGCACCCAGAGAGGCCUCUCUGUCCCAGGAGUCUGCUGUUGUUGCUCAGUCCCCUAGUCGCCUCUGACUCUUUGUGACUCCAUGGACUGCAGCACCCCUGGCCUCCCUGUCCCUCACCACCUCCUGGA